AUGCCGCGUUGCGGCCUCUUUGUGGCCCUCUGGCUGCUAGCCGGGGCAGCACCUCCCUGCACGUGGGAUGCGACGGAGCCCUGCUACCUGCAAAUUGGGAGCGUCUUCGAGUUCCGGGACCGGAUCGGUCCUGGCUUCGAUCGCGAUGACCGGGCGAUGAUCGAAAACGAUUGCGACGGCAGGUCCCUUGGGCCAUACAUCGACGCGGUGAACAGCCUGAAUGAAGGACGAGGCAUCCAGGUGCACUCUGCUGGCUUGGAGAUCGCACAAUCGACGCCAAAACCGAAGUACUACUACCGACUAAACUACACCCGCCUGACCUUCGACGAAGACAACUGGACUCAGGGAGAGGCCCUGAGCUUUCAGCACUUUCCUUCCUGGUCCUUCAUCCCUGGCAUCGGCAACGGCUGCAAUGACUUUCACGUGGUGGAGCAAGCCAAGGUGGCCAAUGCAACGAAGAGAAUCUGGAUGACGCCGCGCGGCCCCUGGAGCCAGAUGUCCAGAUCCACAGGCGGUCCCCUCCCCUGGGCUUUCAGCAGCCACCUCGACUCCUGGGACUAUUCCCGGACGGCAGCCCAACAAUUUGCGCUGAAAGGGGCCAAGAAGGCGGCAGUGAUUUAUUGGUGCUGCACCAACACCUUCUUCACCGGCGUUGGACAAGGGGCCUUGCAACACCUGGCUGCGAACGGCUUUGAUGUAGUGAAGGCAUAUGAGGUGCAAGACAACAUGACGGUCCUCGAGGAGGCUAUCGACUGGGUCAUCGCCGAGAGAGUGGACGUCGUGCUGACCUCGCUGACCACGGGAGUCUUCCAACUCUUCCUGGAGAGCCUGGAAGCUAAUCGAAAUCAGUACGUGCCCGACGGCAUCUUUGCAGUGAAUCUCCCUUGGAAGAGAGAGGGGGAGGCAUGCUUUGGCUUGGGCGAGACUUGCAGCCACAUCCUCACAGGCGCCCAGCCCUUCGUGUUUCCGCAGAUCACGCACGUGAUUCGCGACGGCGUCAUCGGCUUAAAUGGCUCGGAGUAUGCAGAACUCCUGGGCACCGAGCCGAUCUACGAUCCGGAGGUGGGCUUGUCGGCCUUCUUGCAGGCAGUUCAGACUGUCUUCCAGUUUCGGGAAGUCAAGGAUCCGGCAAACUUGCUGCACUCCCCACUGGAUCCAGAUGUCUAUCUGGCCGUGAGGGACUUGAUGCUCUCGGGUGAAUCUUUCGGCAACACUUUUGCUGGGCCGGCUGCGUUCAACCCAUGGGGGCAGAUCAACGGCAUGCCCCCGCCGACGUGCACCAUCAAGGACAAUGAAACCCUGUCGGUACUCUUCCCACCGGAGUAUGCUGAUGCCCCCUUCAAUUACCCGUUACCAGCUGCGCGGACAUGUGAGGAAGACUGGUACAAGGUUUGGAGACCGACCAAUGAAAGCUGCCUUCUCUGCCACGCUGACUGUAGACCAUGCCCUGCAAAUAGCCAGCGCGACGGUGAUGCCUUCGCCUGCAGCUGCCGCCGCGGUUUCUACGAGGGAUUGGAUUCUGAAUGUCUGGAGUGCCCCACCGGGGUGAUCUGCGAGGCGCCUGGCUCCGAGCUGGUUAGCCUGAACCUCUCUCGAGGCUACUGGCGAUUUGUGCGGGAUGUCGCCGACGUCUAUGCUUGCAGCACUGCAGAUGCUUGUCUCGGUGGUACCGCCGUUGGGGACGAGGGCUGUCAGGAGGGCCAUGAGGGGCCCAGAUGUGAAGAGUGUUCCGACAUGUUCUUCCGCGAGCCGGACACCGGCCGAUGCCGAGCGUGCUCCUCUACGGUGAUAUUUUUGGGCCCGGUUCAGUGGCUGGCGGUGAUGUUGGCGGCUCUGCUCUGUAUCUUCAUCUGCUUCGGACGGAGGAUCCGCCAUUUCCUCGAGAAUGCCACUCACAAUGGCAAAUCGAAGUUGAAGGAGUUGAAGACGAAGAUUAAGAUCGCCGUCUCGCUGCUCCAGGUCAUGAACAUGGUCCCUGGGGUCUUGCCCUUCAUCGAAUGGCCCUCCCUCUUUCUCUCUUUUCUGAACGUGAUGGGAGUCUUCAACCUCUCCAUCUUCCAGGUCCUGCAAGCAGAUUGCAUCCAUCCUAACAGCUUUUACGAUCGGCUUCUCGUGAAUACCCUGCUGCCGAUGAGCGUCUGGGCCGUCCUCGCCAUGUCUUGUGGCAUCCACACGCUCCGGCAAAAGGCAGAGGAUCGCGGAGAGACGGUGUCAGGAUACAUCGGUGCUGCCCUGCUUGUGGCAUACCUUUCCCUGCCGGUCACGUCGAACACCAUCUUCGACACCUUCAAAUGCGAAGCUUUUGAUGCAGGCUCUGGGAAUCCUCGGAACUUCCUUGCCUCGGAUCUUCGACUCGACUGCGACACGGACACCCAUCGCAACUUCCAGAUCUAUGCUGGCGUCAUGGCUGUUGUCUUCCCGAUUGGCAUUCCCAUUUGGAUGGCGGCCAGCCUCUACCGACACAGAGGGGCCAUUGCUCCCCCGGUGAACUUCUACGAGAUGUCCCGGGCCCAAACAGAAUGGGAGCAAUUGUCCGCUGGGAUGAGCAUGCGAGCAAAGCUGCAGAAGACGCUCUCGAAGACCAAGGGCAGUCUCCUGGGUCAUCAGCUCAGUGGUAACCAGCUGGAGACAAAUGCGCCAGCUUCAGAGAACUCCGAUCCGGUGCUCAAGCUCGUUUCCUUGGAAACCGGCCGGCAGUAUCGGGGAUUCCUGAAUAAGGACAGCAAGGAGUGGGCCGGGAUGAAGAAGCGGGAGGACGACUCCUCAAUCCAGCACCUCAUCUUCAUCUACGACGACUACAAGCCGAGCUGCUUGUAUUUCGAGGUCUUUGAGAGCAUGCGGAAAGUCUUCCUCAGCGCCGUCUUGGCGUUUUGCAUCCCAGGAUCUUGGAUGCAAAUCGUCAUCGGCAUCCUUGCUUGUCAGCUGACGCUGAAGAUUCUGCGCGACUAUCAGCCCUACGCCAAUGCCAGCGCGGGCGCAGCGGCCGAGACGGCUCAACGGAUGCUCUUCCUGAGUUUGGUCUUUGGCCUCCUCCUCUUCACUGCGAAGCAUACAGAAGAGGGAAGCCUGGGCUUGGAUUUCGGGCCUUCAUCGCCCCUGAGUUAUCUCAUGUCCGUGACCAUCAUUGUCGGGACGGUGCUCGGUAUCGUCUUUGGGCUUGGGAAGGCCUUUACCGAGGUGGAGUUCAGGAGCGAUACGCCAGGGAGCGACAAGGAGGACGAAAUGGAUUUGCCGGAAGAUGGCAAAGAUCCCUGGGCAGCAGAGGGGAAGGAUGAAGACCUGGAGGCCAUCGGUGGCAAAUGGGGUGCGGAUGGUGGAGACUCCACCCUUAGCACCUGCCGCGCGGAUCAUCCGAACGAGCCGAUGGAUGAGUUCACAAUCUGA